GCCCCGAGACCCGGGCACCCUCAGUUCUUACCUUCACUCUCCUUCUCAACCUUUGGGGCGUAAUUGCUACCCCUGCCCCCGAGUUUCCUGCGGCUUCCUAGCUCCCUGCCCUUCACGGCACCGUCGAAGGUCGAAGCAAGGUGUUCUCACCUGUGCCCGCCGUCCACCGUUGGGCGCACCGGCAGCCCCGCGGAAGGCGGCGAGGCCUGGGGCUCGCGUCUCUCCAGGGUCUCUGCUCGACCUCCGCGCCGUUACCCGCCCCCCCCCCAGCAGUGCUACCCCGACUUCCUGACCCUGCUUGUCUGCACCCAGCAAUGCGUUAAAGGCUCUCGGGCCUCGCAGGACGCGUUGCUGUUUCCCGACAGUUGCCUCUGGGUUUGAGGAGAGCCGCAGCCCCUUGUCUCUGCCGAGACCCGCACGGGGACAUGGACAUGUUCAGCGCUCCCUUCCCCCUUACCCUGCAGAGCUGCUGGAGAGUUGGGACGUGAACCACUGAAAGGGGAACCAAGAAAUACUUUUCUAAGCAGGUUGCCUUUUAGGAAAGAUUUUCAAGCCGUUCCUCCAAUGUGCUGUGCUUUUGCGGCCCCUCCCUCAAACCUUUGAUUUCUUUUUGAUUGUCCUCUGAUAGUAGAGCUUGGUAACGUUUGUUCAGUACCUUUAGAAAGCAGGUAGGUAAGGUCUGUCCAGCGGAACCCUCGGGCUUCCCUCCGGCCCCGCUCCUCCUGUGCUUUGGCUUUUCCUCUUCAUUUCUAGUUACUGCAUGAGGAUGCACGCAGGGUGACCUUCGGAAGUUACUCUGACUUGUGUUUAGAACCCAGAGGGGAAAGGAAAUGAAAUGUGAAUAAUCGCAAACCUGAUUGGGCAUACGUGAUGUUACCUAGGUGUUAUUUUUAAAGAAUUCCUGACUGGUGAUGAUAAAAUGCAAAGUACAAUACUUUGAUGUAAGGCAGACCACCUGAGUUUUCUCUGCAUCUGAUCCUUGCUGAGAUUAUAUCCAAGGAAUAUGAGUAGCUAAGCAGAAUUCUGUGUUUUCACAGCGUAGGGCAGAUGUAAAAAAAGAAGGCUGUGAACUACGUAGCGUUGUCAUCUCCCUUAAGAAGAAGUCAAGUCUGCAAAAGAAUUGUAAUUCAGGAGAGGGGGAAGCUCCCAGAUGUAGUUGAACAUGUGGAAUUUCCUUUUUGCCAAGAGGUUUCUUGUUAGCUAGGCGUACUCAUGUAUUGCUCGAGGGAACUCAUCAAAGGGUUAUUUAGUGGUACUAAAAGUAAAGGACCCCAGAAUGGUUAGACUCUUUUCCAUCUUUGUUUGCAAAGGUUAUCUCCUUGAGCCUCAUCUUUCCCUUGAUAGAGAAGCUGAACUAGGUGACUCUUGACUCAGAAUCUCUUCACUUUUCAGGAGCUUGUGGGGUUUGAUUGUUUUUCCUGAAUGUACUUUCUUUCUUUUAACAUGACUGAUAUUUGGGGAUGGUCUGACCUUGAGCAAGGAAGGAGAAACCAUUUCGUACAAAAACUCUGGCCUCUGUCUGGUCACAGGGACAGUUGUUUAUUCAGUGGUGCUGGGUAGGUCAUCCUGCGUUGUUUGCUGGCUUCUCCUUUGAUCUUCAGGUAAAAGGCAGCUAAGCCGGAAGAGUUCGGUAGGAAGCACCUUACACUUAGUGCAGAGGAUUUAAAAUAUUUGUGGGCUGCUCGCUGAGAGUAUACUAACAUAUUGAAACCAAAAAUUAUUUUUAAAAUAGUAACAGUUGACUUUUUUUAAAAUUUUCUCUUUUAGGUUCUCUGUAUACCAUAUCUUUGAAGAUAAUAAUCUUACCAAUUUCAGUUAACUCCGCUGUAGAGAGCGUUGUCCUGGGGUAUAUAUAUACCUGUUGUGUGAGUACGGGACUUGACUUGGAAUCACCAGUUGGCUCUUAGAGAACCGUGGUCUAAAAGCUUCUGGUAUAAAAGCUGCAUCUGUGUAGGGCUUUCGUUGGAAGAUUAGUGAACCACAGUAGCAAUCCCUGACUUCUUUCAGUCCAGGGAAGUAUCAAUUAAAUAGCGGAUACCGCUGGAAGUUAAGUUUCAGAUUUCUCUUUUUAACUUUUCAAAAUGUCAGCCAAGCAAUAACUUGGUUUUCUGGCAUAUUGGCCACUCUAGGGCUGGCCUUGGAGUAGACAUUCAGGUACUUAAGGUAGCAAAUGUUUUUGCUAAAGGUGAGUUGUACUAAAUUAUUCCACACUUGUAAUAAGGAAGUCAUCGUUAGAAUGCAUGCCACAUUCUUUGGUUUUGUUAAUACAUUUAAUUGCUUAACCUUUAGAAAUAGGAAUAAAGUAAAACUGAAUUUUAGCUGAACUAUCUUUCUUCUGGACAUUGUAAUCAAAUUUCAGUAAAUGGACAUAAGUAAUUUAAAUAUGGCCUUUGUGCUGAGACACAAGACAGUGCAAAGGAGAAACUUAUAAAGUCUUUAUUCUGAAAAUACAGAGGGUACGUGAAGUUCCUCACUGGAUAAUCAUUAUGCCAAAAUUAAGUGCUCAAGUACUGUCGGAGCUAAUGAGAUUUGCGGAUGCAUUUUCUGUCACCCCACCAUGUAACUCUUUCCUCAACAUCUGCCUGCAGUAAGAAGACUGUCAGGAUGCCCAUGGUCACACGGAAGCUGAGAGAUCCUGAUGUAAACCCUUGCUUGUCGGAGUCCGAUGCUUCCACCAGAUGUAUGGACGAGAAUAACUAUGACAAGGAGAGGUGCUCCGCUUACUUCCUGAAGUACAGAAGCUGCCGCAAGUUCUGGAAGGAGAGUCUAAGAGGCAUGUCACUUAAAUGUGAAAUGCUUUAUUCUGAAAAGGAGACUGGAAAAGAGACCACACGUAAGUCGGCUUGGGACCAACUCAGAUUCCGGUGGCAGUCCUGAUGGUCCUCCCAGAGGAAGAAGAGGCAGCGGCAUCUUGGGGGCGCUGUCUUCAGGGUGGGCAGGAGCGGGAGGGGCCGGUUUAGGGAGUUGGGCUGGGGAGGAUUUGGUGGGGACCCACACCCUGAGGGAGGGGUGACCAGCUGAGGGCAGCGGGCGCAGAGGGAAGAGGUGGCUCACGAUGAAAAUAAAGCUUCUAAUGCCGGAACCUAAACCCCAAAAGCCUGCCUAAUACCCGGAAGUAAAACAGCGUGACGUGUGAACAGCAUCGCAUUUGGAGUCGGAGGGUCUGGGUCUGCGUUCGGGCCGUGCCACUCUCUGCCCAUCCGGUCCUGAGCAAAGUGCUUACUCUUCUCACGCCUUUCCUGCCGUGAACGUGUCUUUCUCCCAGCGCCCCAGCGACGACUGCACAGGUGGUAGUGAAACUGCAGACGGGUUUCACAUGUAUUGUGCGAGUAGCUGUUACGACUUGAGAUGCAUUGAUUAAAAACAGUGGAUUUGUUUGUAA